UCUUAUUUUGGUUUGAAACGAGGCUGAAUUUUCUCGACGUUGGAUUGGUUAAUUUCGAACAUCAUUUUAGGAGCGGCAAAGAAGAAACAACAGAAAAAAAAGAAAUAUUAACUUGGCUAGUGAUGGACGACUAUGUAAAGAUAGAAAAAAUUGGCGAAGGCACAUAUGGUGUUGUAUACAAGGGCAAGAACAAAAAGACAAAUAAAUCUGUGGCAUUGAAAAAAAUACGUCUUGAAAGUGAAGAUGAGGGAGUACCAUCAACGGCGAUACGGGAAAUCUCAUUGCUGAAGGAGCUACAGCACCCAAACAUUGUGUGCUUGGAAGAUGUGUUGAUGCAGGAGAACAAGUUAUACCUUGUGUUUGAGUUUCUGUCUAUGGACCUGAAAAAAUACAUGGAUACCAUUCCAAGUGGACAGUACAUGGACAAAAUGCUUGUCAAGAGUUACACAUAUCAGAUUACUCAGGGAAUAUUAUUCUGCCAUCAGCGUCGUGUUUUACACCGUGAUCUCAAACCACAAAAUCUGCUCAUAGACAAUAAUGGAGUGAUAAAACUGGCAGAUUUUGGUCUCGCCAGAGCAUUUGGUAUUCCAGUCAGAGUAUACACACACGAGGUUGUUACGCUGUGGUACAGAGCUCCAGAAAUUCUUCUAGGUUCACAGAGAUAUUCCACACCAGUGGACAUGUGGAGCGUGGGGUGUAUUUUUGCUGAAAUGGUCACCAAACGGCCACUUUUCCAUGGUGAUUCAGAAAUUGACCAACUGUUCAGAAUAUUCAGAACAUUGACGACACCCACAGAGGAGACCUGGCCAGGAGUCACCAGUUUACCGGACUAUAAACCUACAUUUCCUUGUUGGAAGACCAAUCAAUUACAGGGCAGUGUAAAACAGCUCGACAGUCAAGGUCUUGAUCUCUUACAGCAAAUGUUAAUAUACGACCCUGCUCUGAGAUUAUCUGCAAGAGAAGCUUUGAAUCACCCAUACUUUGCCAAUCUCGACAAAUCUGCUUUACCAGCUAGAUCAUAACACUAUCAGAAACCAGCAUGUCAUGAUCUUUUACUGCUGAAAAACUGAGAAUGCCAUUUAUUUUGGUCAGGUAAAACAAAACAGGAUAAACUGGCUGUAAAUCUGGAUACAUUUUCACCUGUGUGCUAAAAUUAAACUUGUUGUACAACUUCAACACCAUUUUUCAUGUGAUGUGCUUUCCAAAUGUACUUUGUUCUGUCUGACAUUUGUGGCAUUUUAAUACCAGAAGUUUAACCUAUUGCUAUUAAAGACUACAGCAUUUUUGGAAUCAUUUUAGAACUGAUUUAGUAAAUUACUAUCAAUAUUGGGAACCUCAUUGAGUAUUUGUAAAUCUUUUUAAAUGUCCACAGCACAAAGUCAUAUUAGUAUCAAUGCCAGACAAAUUUAUUAGAGGCAGAAAAGGCAUUUGAACUUGAACACUUAAUCAGAUUUUCUUAUAAAUGGUUUAUUUUCAUACAAUGCCUUUUUGUCAUGUCUUUUAAUGUGACUGUAAUGUGUGUUGAUACCUCGAUAAUGCUAAUGGACCAAAACGCCACCAGUAAUCAUGUGUUCAAAUUGUCUCAGAUUUUGUUGUGAGUUUCCUGUGUUCAGCUCUAUGAUAUUGUGAUAUAUGUUUUGAUUCAAGAACGUUUCAUAACCCUGUGAGAAGUUUUUUUCCCUAAGAUAUGGACAUGGCCACAUAUGUAUGAGUGUGUAGAAAAUUUUAUUUAUUUUAAUGCUAAAAUACAAUGCAUUAAAAAUAAUUACAGGAUCCCCCAGUCUAUUUUUCUUCUGUAGUUGCUGACUGCAAUACAUAUAUAUGAAAGCUUAGAGGAAGUUUUAAUUUAAAGCUCAAAGAUAUAUUUAAACUUAAAAAUAUCUCAAAAUCUUGCAUAAUUGUCCAACUCUGGGUGAUUUGUUUUACAACAUGCUCAAACUGAAAAAGAUAAAUGUAGAGCCAAUAUGAAACUAAUACACUGCAAAUUUAGUUAUUUUAUUUUUUGUGAUGAAUAAAUGUGUAUGUGAUUAUUAAGCUAUAGCUACUGUUGCAUCUGAUGGUUGUAUAAUAUCAAAGUGUAUGUAUCUUUUGUUUGUUAUAUUAACUGUCACUCUUUAACUCUGCUCUGUACAAAUCUCUUCUAUUUCCUCUCAUACUGUACAUUGUGUAUUUAAUGAUGAAAGAAAUAGAACACACAAACACAAUA